AUGAAAUUUAGUAAAUUCAUUAUAACAAUAUUAGUUUUUGUAAUAAAUCUCCAAUUUAAUUCUACUUGUCCCACAUAUCCACAACCCGUCAAAAUCAAUCAAAAUGACACAAGAUUGAUUAGUGCAUAUGAAAAAAUCGAUUCAUUUUUACAAAACGAAAUGAAAGCAAAUAAUAUAGAAAGUUUUGUGGCAUCUAUAGUGUAUAUGGAUGAAGUCGUAUGGAGCAAGGCAUAUGGUAAUGUUAAUCCAUUGGAUAUUUCAUCAGAUUUGCUUACAAUAGAUAAUAAUGUACAAAUUGCAAGCUUAACUAAAUUAUUUACAGAUUUGAUGAUGUAUCAACUAAGAGAUAAAGGAAUUAUAAACUCGAUAGAUGACCAAGUCGAAAUUUAUUACCCAGAGUUUUCAAUCACUAGUAUUUAUGAUCAAGAAAAUAGCAUCACAUUAAGAGAGCUAUCUGGACAUCUAUCAGGUCUACCAAGAGAAUUACCAUGCGAUACACAAUAUGUCGGAACUGAUAAUUGCACUGAAGAGAUAAUAUUAAAAAAAGUAUCACAAAUGUUUACAAUUUUACCGCAAAAUCAAAUGGUUCAUUAUUCAAAUUUAGGAGUAUCGCUACUGGGUAAUGCAUUGUCGAAAGCAAUUCAAAUGCCUUAUGAACAGUAUAUUGAAAACUAUAUACUAAAGCCAUUGGAGAUGACAGGAUCAACAUUUAACUACAGCUCAAUACAGGAUAAUCUAGCACUAGGGGUACAACGAACAAGUAAUGGGUCGUGGGAGAUAGUAGAGAAUAGACAAACACUUGGAUGGAGUAACCCUUCAGGAGGUUUAUUUUCAACAACAAGUGAUAUAUCGAAAUUUAUUAUAUUUUUAUUAAAUGGAAACGAAGAGAUAUUGAAAUCAUCGACACUCAACGAAAUGCUUUUGCCAAUGUAUCUAGACAACGAUGGCUCGAGUGCUUAUGGCACACCCUUCGAAUUCUAUUACGACAGUGGCAAUGAAAUUUGGUACCAAUCAAAAGCAGGUAUAGCAACAGGCUACAGAUCCCAAGUUGCAUUAUCAAAAGAUUUAAAAUUGGGUCUAUUUUAUUCAUCGCAGUAUUCAAUAUAUACUGAAGAUUUAUUCACUAGAGACAGCUUACAAUUUCUAAUUCCAAUUUACACUGAAAUACUAUUAGAGCAACAACAACAGCAACAACUCCAACAACAAAAAGAAAAAGAAAAAAUUCAACAACAAAUAAAUGAUCAAUUUAUCGGAUAUUAUUCAAACGAUUUUAAUUACAACUUUAACAUAUAUUUAGGUUCAAACCAAGAACUCAUUGGUAAUGUUAACGGAAAUAAAAACAUUAAUUUCACAAUAACCGAUUUCGAUGAAGAUUACCCACUAGUAAAAAGAGUCACCAUUGAAAAACCACAAAAAAACAUUUGUUGGAUGUAUUAUGAUGGUUUAAAUGAAGAGCUAAUUUAUUUUUAUACAGAUAUUAACGACAAUAUCAACAGUUUAUUAAUAUUAGGUCAAACGUUAUAUAAACAAUAA